UGCAUAAAGGAAUGACAGGCAUUCUUGAGCUGAAUCAGUGGUUUUGAGACCCAGCGGUUUUUUCAAGAGUUUUAUACCAACAAUUGUCCACUGCCUGAAGUAGGUGAAAUGAACUUUAGGAUUAGGCGAUGGCUACGAUUUUGUGGUGAAAAAAAAAGUUCCUCGGGGAGCGCGUGAUUGUUGCUUUUUCGGUCAAUUGAAGACAGAAUGGGCCAGACGUCUGUCUCUACCUUGUCUCAAAAUGCGAGCGGUGUUGACGGACUGGAAAAAUGUUCUCUGGCCAGCUGUGAUGUUGUGGUGGGCAGCACCCAGAAUCCUCCACUGAAGCAGAAGGGGAAGCUCUCCACUAUAGGGAAGAUCUUCAAACCCUGGAAGUGGCGCAAGAAGAAAACCAGCGACAAGUUUCAGGACCUAUCCAUAUUUCUGGAGAGGAAAAUCUCCACGAGGCAAAGUCGAGAGGAGCUGAUAAGACGAGGAGUCCUCAUUCCUGAUCAAGGACCAGAGGACCCAGUGAACCCUGAAACCCUAAAUGGCCACGCCACGCUUAGUCUGGGGUCAGAGGAGGUCAAAGUUGACAUAGAGUCUCCUGAAACGCCUUCAGAGGAGAAGACCGAAGAGUUAGAGAAUUCUGAAGACAAAGCAGCCAAAUCCUCUCAUCCUAAGAAAACUGGAGGCACAUCCAAGACCACGGCCCAGUCCUCAUCCUCCUCAUCGUCCACACAGUGUACCACAAAGAUCUCGAAGGACAGGCCUGCCAAUCCAACCGGGACAGAAAAGACCAACAAGCGCGAGCUCCAACUAGAAACUGACCCUUCCCGCUUCUCUGGAGCCCCCAAGGCCUCCCCAGACACAGACAGCCUCUCAGGUGAAAGACUGCUCACAGGUCCUGGGGAUGGGAACCAGGGGGGUAAGGAGGAUCCCUCUUCUGGCCCAGAGGGCAGGCCUGCUGCUCAGGAUAACUCCUCUCUGCCUGGGGUGGAUAAAGACAAUGCCUCAGGUGCUGGCCCUCAGGACCCUGGUGAGAAAGCACCCCUUGUCAACAGCACCACUGAGGACACUUCCUUCACUGAGUCUCAAAGUGAGAGCUCCACGGAGGAAGCCCUGAGGACUGGGAAAGAUGGAGGAGGUGACCAUGAGCAACAGUCGGGGGACGAAGACCAUGACUUAGAGAAAAAUCGGAGGCCUACCAAUGGGAUUGGUGAGAAGCUCCACAGUGUUAACCUGGAGAGCCCAGAGGUUACAGUCAUCCCAGACAGUACUACGGAGUCUGACUACCACUCCAUAGUCAGCGACUCGGACUCAGAUGGGCCCAUCCUCUACCGAGACGAAGAAGAGGACGAGGAUGAGGAGGACGAGUAUACCACAAGCUCUCUAGCCAGUAAGAUCCGCCGCAGGGACACACUGGCCAUCAGACUUGGCAACCGGCCCAGCAAGAGAGAGCUGGAGGAGAAGAACAUCCUGCCUCGUACCUCUGAGACCGAGAGGCAGGAACUCCGCCAGCAGAUUCACUCCAAGCUAGUGAGACGACUUAGUCAGAGGCCCAGUACUGAGGAACUGGAGCAGAGGAACAUUCUGAAACAGACAAAUGAAGCUGAUCAACAUGAAGCCAUACAAGAGAUUAAAAGGAGACUCUCCCGAAAGCUGAGUGUGAGGCCGACAGUAGCAGAGCUGGUGGCUCGGCGGAUUCUGCGCUUCAAUGAGUACGUGGAGUGCACAGAUGCUAAGGACUAUGACCGUCGCGCAGACAAACCCUGGACCAGGCUCACUCCAGCUGACAAAGCUGCUAUCCGUAAAGAACUGAAUGAGUUCAAAAGCAAAGAGAUGGAAGUUCAUGAAGAGAGCAAACAAUUUACCAGAUUCCAUCGGCCCUGAGGCAUUUCUCUCUCCAGUGGGGGUGCUGGUCGGCUGCCGGCACUGCCUAAAGGCUCUCUCUCCCCGCUGCGUGCUUCACCAUCGGGCUUUUCCCCGGAGCCUGGGGCCUGGAUGCCCCUAGGCACGGACACAUGGACACCGUCUCCCAGGGCCAACCUGGCUCCAGCUCUACAGAUCAAUAGAGGUUGAUAACAUUGGGCCACACCUGCUUACACAGCCCAGACCAGACUGGGCUUUAGUGCUGUGUGAAAAGAGACAGACCGAGAGAGAGAGGCCAGUAUCCAUGAAGGACAAAACUGUUGCACUUUGUAACACAGCACUGAUUUAAUUACCCACAUACUUUUUGGCUUCCCUAAAGCACCUUAACAGGCCUUGACCAAGUCCCCAUGGACUGGAAGGGAAAUGGUUUUGCAACUAUGACAAUGUUGUAGGUUAGGCAAGUCCAGCCAAAGGUAACAGUAAUCAAAUCAAUGUUUAUUUGUGAUAUGCACAGGAUACAAUGUAAACCGUGCAAUGCAAUGCUUACUUGCAAGCUUCCCCAACAGUGCAAUGACAAAUAUAACCAAAUCAGACACAUAGUCCUUAACUUAACGUAAUCAUGGAAGUGCAUGGCAAGGUGUUAAGAAUAAAUGGUUAGUUUUACUGCCAUGUGGUCUUGAUGGUGGAAAUUAAGGUGUUUGGGUCUUGUUUUAAGGGGUAAUUGUUGAUGCUGAUCUCAAAGUGGCUGGGAGUACAUUAAUUUUGCCUAGAUAAUAAGGAAUAUGUAUCAUUACUGUAUUUGUCAUGUUUUCUAGAACACUUACCAUUAUUGAGCAUAUCUUUUACAGGGACAGAGCAGAGUGGACCCUAUUGAUCUAUGUAGGCUGUUCUUCCACUCACUCUUUCCAAAUUUAGGGCAAGUUCAGAACAAAUUGGUCUGCCCUUCAGAUUGGUUGAGCUAUUAAUAAUGGAUGGUCUGUGUAGUUUGAAAGUAUAUGAUAAAUGUUAGUAUUUUACAGUCCCAGAUGAAUCCAUUGAGCUUUUUUCCUGGUCAUAAAAUGUGAAGCAUUUCUUUGAUAUUUCUGUGAUGAGGUGCACCAAUCAAUUUACAUUCAUUUCAGACUGCUAUGGGCAGCUGUAGAAUAUAGGAAGAGAACCAUAGUAUUCAUACUAAUGUUUUUCUCAUUCUAUGGAUUUUUUGUACAUAAUGUAUAUCAGUUGCAUGAUCACAAGUUUACUGCCAAUUACCCUAUAGAUUUUUACAUUGAUGUGAUGUACAGGAUGAGUUUUGUAUUGAUGGCGCUAUGUGCUGUUCAUAUGUGAGUACUGUAUCUUUGAAUUAUGUCAGUACAUAAUAUUAAUGUAUAUACAGUACCAGUCAAAAGAUUGGACACACCUGCUCAUUAAAAGGUUUUUCUUUAUUUUUACUAUUUUCUACAUAGUAGAAUAAUAGUGAAGACAUCAAAACUAUGAAAUAACACAUAUGGAAUCAUGUAGUAACCAAAAAAGUGUUAAACAAAUCAAAAUAUAUUGGAUUUUAUAUUCUUCAAAGUAGCCACCCUUUGCCUUGAUGACAGCUUUGCACAUUCUUGGCAUUCUCUCAACCAGCUUCAUGAGGAAUGCUUUUCCAACUGUCUUGAAGGAACCAAAAAUCUCAAAUUUAGAACAAAGGACAGAUUUCCAUCGGUCUAAUGUCCAUUGCUCAUGUUUCUUGGCCCACGCAAGUCUCUUCUUCUUAUUGGUGUCCUUUAGUACUGGUUUCUAUGCAGUAAUUCAACAAUGAAGGCCUGAUUCACGCAGUCUCCUCUGAACAGUUGAUGUUGAGAUGUCUGUUACUUGAACUCUGAAGCAUUUAUUUGGGCUGCAAUUUCUGAGGCUGGUAACUCUAAUGAACUUAUCCUCUGCAGCAGAGGUAACUCUGCGUCUUCCUUUCCUGUGGCAGUCCUCAUGAGAGCCAGUUUCAUCAUAGUGCUUGAUGGUUUUUGCGACUGCACUUAAAGAAACUUUCAAAGUUAUUGAAAUGUUCUGUAUUGACUGACCUUCAUGUCUUAAAGUAAUGAUGGACUGUCGUUUCUCUUUGCUUAUUUGAGCUGUUCUUGACAUAAUAUGGACUUGGUCUUUUACCAAAUAGGGUUAUCUUCUGUGUACCACCCCUACCUUGUCACAACACAACUGAUUGGCUAAAAUGCAUUAAGAAGGAAAGAAAUUCCACAAAUGAACUUUUAACAAGACACACCUGUUAAUUGAAAUGCAUUCCAGGUGACUACCUCAUGAAGCUGGUUGAGAGAAUGCCAAGAGUGCAAAGCUGUCAUCGAGGCAAAGGGUAGCUACUUUGAAGAAUCUAAAAUAGAACAAAUAUGUAGAUUUGUUUAACACUUUUUUGGGUUACUACAUGAUUCCAUAUGUGUUAUUUCAUAGUUUUGAUGUCUUCAUUAUUAUUCUGCAAUGUGGAAAAUAGUAGGUGUGUCCAAACUUUUGACUGGUACUGUACAUGUAUUGCCACUCCCAUAUCCAUCAUGCAUAUACGAGGUCUAUAUAUUCCUCUAAAUUGCUUUAUUGUUCCGUUGUUGAUCACAUACAUAGAUACCAUUUAUGCGAACCAUCAACUGUGUAUUCUCAGGAAGAAGAUGCCAUAACCCUUCAGUAUUAGCUACAUAUUAGCCAUCACUACUGUAAUGGUCCAGGUGACAAAGUGGCUCAGUGACUCGUGUUUGCAUCUCAAUGUAAAAAAAAACUGUUUGCAUGUUCUUCACAAAGAGGGCAACAGAUGCUACUGAGCCAGAUGUCUAUGUGUCAGGGGAGAAGCUCCAGGUGGUAUCAGAUUUUAAGUACCUUGGUAUCAUACUUGAUUCCAACCUCUCUUUUAAAAAGCAUGUGAAAAAGGUAAUUCAAAUAACCAAAUUCAACCUAGCUAAUUUCCGAUUUAUACGAAAUUGUUUGACUACAGAGGCAGCAAAACUGUACUUCGAAACUAUGAUACUCCCCCACUUAACAUACUGCUUGACUAGUUGGGCCCAAGCUUGCUGUACAACAUUAAAACCUAUUCAGUCUGUCUACAAACAGGCUCUCAAAGUGCUUGAUAGGAAGCCCAAUAGCCAUCAUCAUUGUCACAUCCUUAGAAAGCAUGAGCUCUUGAGUUGGGAAAAUCUUGUGCAAUACACCGACGCAUGUCUUGUAUUCAAGAUCCUUAAUGGCCUGGCUCCCCCUCCACUCAAUAUUGUUGUUAAACAGAAAACCCAGACAUAUGGCAGCAGAUCCACAAGGUCUGCAAUGAGAGGUGACUGUAUAGUUCCCCUAAGGAAAAGCACCUUUAGUAAAUCUGCAUUCUCUGUGAGAGCUUCCCAUGUCUGGAAUACACUGCCAUCAGACACACAUAACUGCACCACAUAUCACACUUUCACAAAAUGCUUGAAGACAUGGCUAAAGGUCAAUCAGAUUUGUGAACAUGGUCCCUAGCUGUGUGUUGCCGCUUUCCAUGUUGUCUGUUGUCUGUAGCUUGUGAGGUGUGGAAACACUUUGUUGCUUUUAUGAAUUUUGUCUUGCUGCUUUUUGUUCUGUCUGUAUGCUACGUCUUGCUUGUCCUAUGUUGCUCUGUCUGUAUGCUAUGUCUUCUUGUCCUAUGUUGCUGUCUUGCUUGUUCUAUGUUGCUAUUGUCUAUAUUGUAAUUGUUUUUAAUAACCUGCCCAGGGACUGCGGUUGAAAAUUAGCCGGCUGGCUAAAACCGGCACUUUUACUGAAACGUUGAUUAAUGUGCACUGUCCCUGUAAAAAUAAAAAAUAAACUCAACUCAACUCAUAGACUAAAAGUGACCCCAUGGCCACUUAAAUGGUGUAAUAUGUUGACUUAGGGCUCUAUUCAAUCAGAUCCGCUUAAAAAUUAAAAGAUUCACUCACUGAAUAGAUGCAGUGAAAUGUGUUGUUUUACAGGGUCAGUCAUGGAGCAAAUUAGGGUUAAGUGCCUUGCUCAAGGGCAUAUCGAUAGACCUUGUUGACUCGGGUAUUCGAACCAGUGACCUUUUGGUUAUUGGCCCUGCGCUCUAACUACUAGGCUACCUGCGAAAGCUUCUAAUAACCUGUUUUUGCUUUGUCAUUCUGGGGUAAUGUGUGUAGAUUGAUGAGGAAAAAAGUAAUUUAAUCCAUUUUAGAAUAAGGCUAUAACGUAACAAAUGUUGAAAAGUCAAGGUGUUUGAAUACUUUCGGAAUGCACUGUAUAUAUUAUAUAUAAAAAUAUGUAUGUAUAUAUAUGUGUGUGUGUGUGUGUGUGUGUGUGUGUGUGUGUGUGUGUGUGUGUGUGUGUGUAUAUACACUGCUCCAAAAAAUAAAGGGAACACUUAAACAACACAAUGUAACUCCAAGUCAAUCACACUUCUGUGAAAUCAAACUGUCCACUUAGGAAGCAACACUGAUUGACAAUAAAUUUCACAUGCUGUUGUGCAAAUGGAAUAGACAACAGGUGGAAAUUAUAGGCAAUUAGCAAGACACCCCCAAUAAAGGAGUGGUUCUGCAGGUGGUGACCACAGACCACUUCUCAGUUCCUAUGCUUCCUGGCUGAUGUUUUGGUCACUUUUGAAUGCUGGCGGUGCUUUCACUCUAGUGGUAACAUGAGACGGAGUCUACAACCCACACAAGUGGCUCAGGUAGUGCAGCUCAUCCAGGAUGGAACAUCAAUGCGAGCUGUGGCAAGAAGGUUUGCUGUGUCUGUCAGCGUAGUGUCCAGAGCAUGGAGGCGUUACCAGGAGACAGGCCAGUACAUCAGGAGACGUGGAGGAGGCCGUAGGAGUGCAACAACCCAGAGCAGGACUGCUACCUCCGCCUUUGUGCAAGGAGGAACAGGAGUAGCACUGCCAGAGCCCUGCACAAUGACCUCCAGCAGGCCACAAAUGUGCAUGUGUCUGCUCAAACGGUCAGAAACAGACUCCAUGAGGGUGGUAUGAGGGCCCGACGUCCACAGGUGGGGGUUGUGCUUACAGCCCAACACCGUGCAGGACGUUUGGCAUUUGCCAGAGAACACCAAGAUUGGCAAAUUCGCCACUGGCGCCCUGUGCUCUUCACAGAUGAUAGCAGGUUCACACUGAGCACAUGUGACAGAGUCUGGAGACGUCGUGGAGAACGUUCUGCUGCCUGCAACAUCCUCCAGCAUGACCGGGUUUGGCGGUGGGUCAGUCAUGGUGUGGGGUGGCAUUUCUUUGGGGAGCCGCACAGCCCCCCAUGUGCUCGCCAGAGGAGCCUGACUGCCAUUAGGUACCGAGAUGAGAUCCUCAGACCCCUUGUGAGAGCAUAUGCUGGUACGGUUGGCCCUGGGUUCCUCCUAAUGCAAGACAAUGCUAGACCUCAUGUGGCUGGAGUGUGUCAGCAGUUCCUGCAAGAGGAAGGCAUUGAUGCUAUGGACUGGCCCGCCCGUUCCCCAGACCUGAAUCCAUUUGAGCACAUCUGGGACAUCAUGUCUCGCUCCAUCCACCAACGCCACGUUGCACCACAGACUGUCCAGGAGUUGGCGGAUGCUUUAUUCCAGGUCUGGGAGGAGAUCCCUCAGGAGACCAUCCGCCACCUCAUCAGGAGCAUGCCCAGGCAUUGUAAGGAGGUGAUACAGACACGUGGAGGCCACACACACUACUGAGCCUCAUUUUGACUUGUUUUAAGGACAUUACAUCAAAGUUGGAUCAGCCUGUAGUGUGGUUUUCCACUUUAAUUUUGAGUGUGACUCCAAAUCCAGACCUCCAUGGGUUGAUAAAUUUAAUUUCCAUUGAUCAUUUUUGUGUGAUUUUGUUGUCAGCACAUUCAACUAUGUAAAGAAAAAAGUAUUUCAUAGGAAUAUUUCAUUCAUUCAGAUCUAGGAUGUGUUAUUUUAGUGUUCCCUUUAUUUUUUUGAGCAGUGUAUAUAUAUAUAUAUAUAUAUAUAUACUGUGUUUCACCAUCAUUGUGUAUAGUUUUGUGUAUUGACAGACCAAGCCAUGAAAACACAAGUUUAUAUUAUUAUUUACCUUUUGACUGUUUCUGUCCCAUUGUGCAUAAUCGAUUUAAAGUGGUCAGGAUCCAAAUGUUGUAGAAGUGUGUUUGUGUUGAAAAUCAUCUGUGCGGUGGAAAGUAAUUUGUCUGCCUGGCCUUAAUCCACCUUGCAGUCGACUGUGAAGUCAUUGAAUGGGUCAAUAAAAAGCCAAGCAGGAGUGGUGCACUCAGUUCCAA